UAGUUUUCUUAGAACUUAGUAAGCCAUUUCCAAUUUUUGCUUAAUGCUCAAAAUACACAUACAUAAAAAACAAAAAAACAACAACAAAAUCUCGUACAUUUUCUACAAUAAUUCGACUGUUUCUCGAUUUGAGAGCUGAGAAUUCGCCCGAAUCGAGAAACCGCCAAUCCCAAACAGACGAAUAUAUACCGAAAACUAUGCAUACCAUAAGUCAUAAGAAUCUAACUGUCGAGGAGGUGGAAGAGGUCCACAAGUGGCUCAAGGAGAACAAUAUCAAUAUACAGAAAUUGCGUCGCGAUUUCUCGGAUGUGAUGCCACUGGCCGAGCUCCUAAAACGGGCCUAUCCCCGCAUAGUCGAUCUCUAUAAUUACCCCAAGAAGAACAGUGUCCAUCUGAAGAUAAUCAAUUGGGAGACGUUCAAUUUCAAGGUGCUGGCCAAGUUCAAUUUGACUUUGAGCCGCGAGCUAAUGGAAAUGCUGGCCAAUGGAGUGCCCGGGGCGGCUGAGGUCCUCAUGCAUGAGAUCAUACGUUUGGAGAAGCGUCAACGUUUGGCCGUGGAGCGGAAUGCCAAUAUGCGCCGCGAGCAAACCUGGGAGGAGAACGAUGAGGUGAAAACUGUGAUCAUCAGCAAACAGGUGGGCGAUGGCAUUGUGCAGGUGCCCCAGAAAAUGAUAUUGUAUUCCCUGUACGAGAAAAUGGCGCGCGAUGGCCAGGCCAAGGAUGUGAUCAUUGAUGCCUAUCAGCAGCGAUUGGCCCACAUGGAGAACAUCAUCAAAUUGAAAACGGAACGCAUCGAUGAGCUGCUCAUGCAGAUGGGCAAGUCGAUGGAGAAGAAACCCAUUAUGUCAUCGGGUACAUCGGGCACUGUGUUCAUAUACGAAGCAACGGAUCCACCACGUAGACGACAACCACCAGCUCCGGCUCCAUCUGCUGAGCAAUAGAAUCGACCUCUUGGAGCUCUUUUAUUUCAUCGAUCGGUUAGAAGUAUUUCAUCCGAACCGAAUCUCAAUCUGCUAUAUCAGAAUUAGAAUUUCAUGUGUUUCAACUGUGUUGUGUGUACUUCCUGUUAAAUCUAACUUAAUUAUUUUACAGUUCCUCGAGAAGUAAAUCAAAUUACUAAAUUAA